UUUCCUUUUCCGCUGGCAACUGGGCGGAAGUAGAAGGCGCUACUGAGCCGGCAUGGCGGUGUGUUGGUCCUGGUGUCUCCUCCUGUGUUCGCUGGCUGCCUUGGCCAGUGCGGCGCCGUUAGACCCGGGAAAGAGCCCGGGGAAAAAUACUCCAGAGUUCUCCAGUGAUCACCCACAGGUAACGGACUUGACUCAAGGUGCUUCAGACCCAGGCAGAAGUUCUGUAGACAAUAAACCACUUCAAGCUGUACAAAGUAACUUACAAAAUAGCCAGCCAGGGGCACCCCAGCAAGGUUCUGAUAAAGCGAAGGAAACAGGGAAUCCAUACGUUAAUCCCAAAGGUUCCCAAUCAGGUGCUAUUGGAUCCAACAAAGCUAAGGAAGACAUAACUAAAUCUCAAGGAAAUCAGAUAGGCAUAUCUGAUACAUCUCUUCCAAAGUUAAAAAUUAAGGACUCAAAAGAGGAAGAAGACCUAUCAAUUAAGAGCCAGAAUGCCCAGUCUGGACUUUCUGCUCAAGGCGCUUCAGAAUUAGGUCUUGUUCUGCCUAAAAAGAUUCAGAAAGGGAUAGAUAAUUCAGAAGACACUAAUGAAAUUGUUAAGAAACCAAAACAAUCACAGGACUCCUCAGCAAAAGACCCGAAACCCCAGCCAGGUCUGUCUGCUCAACAGCCUAAUCCUGCAAAGUUAGAUGCUAUUAAAGUCACUAAAGCUCCGCCAGACAUAGAUAAAUCUGAAGAAACUCAGACAGACACAUCUGGUCCAAAGUCAAAAACUAAGGACUCAAAGGAGGGAGAUGAUCCAUCAAUUAAAGGGCCAAGCACUCAGUCUGGUGUUUCUGCUCAAGACAUUUCAAAAUUAAAUCCUGUUCAAACUGGAAGCACUCAGGAAAAGAAAGAUCACCCAGAAGAAUCUAAGACAGGUUUGAACGUUGAGGAAUCAGAACAAUCAUUAGGCCUAAAAACAGACCAGAAUCCCCAGUCAGUUUUUCAAGAACCUGCUUCUGGAAAGAUAGAUUCUUCUGACGCCACCAACGCUCAGGAAGGCGUAUCUGAUAAAUCUUCUAUUCCAAAAUUAAAAACUAAGGAAUCAAAGCAGGAAGAGGACCCAUUAAUUAAAGGCCCGAACACUCAAUCCGGAGCUGCUUCACAAUUAGAUCUUACUCAUCCCAAAAAUGAAGAAUCUAAGACAGACAUUUCUGAUCAAGAUUUUUCUGAACUAGACACAAAUGAUGAGGAAUCAAAACACAUGGAAGACUCAUUAGUAAAAGACCAGGAUCUUCAAUCAGAUCACUCUGUUCAACAUCCUCAAAAGUUAAAUCCUGUGGAAUCCAAAAAAACUGAGGAAGAAGUAAUUGAUCCUGGAGAUGAACAAGAAAAAGAGUUGGGUGAUGAAAAGAAAAAGAGUGCAAAGCAUGAGGAAGAUUUGGAGGGGACACCCAGGAAUGGAUCUGAAAAUAGCCACUUCUUUGCCUACUUGGUGACCACAGCUAUUAUUGUUGCUGCACUAUACAUUGCAUAUCAUAAUAAACGGAAAAUUAUUGCUUUUGCUCUAGAAGGAAAAAAAUCAAAGAUAACCCGAAGGCCCAAAUCCAGCGACUAUCAGCGACUGGAUCAAAAGAUCUAAACCCAGACCUGUCUGCACGCUCUUGUGUUGCAUGAGGACUCGUUUUGAAAAUGGCACAUAGAAACACGGACGAUGUCCAGCCUUUUGUCAGUACAGCCUCAGAGCCUGUUGGCUGUGUUACUGUGCCCACCGGGGUGGGUGGGUGGGUAGGGGGUGGGGGCUACGAAAGUGCUUUUAAUUGUGCACAUGCACUUUGCUCAUUGCCAUGCCUCAAAUUCCCUCUUUCAAAGCCCUGGACUGUUAAUUCCCCUUUCAGUGACUUUCCUGCAUUUUUCUUGUUUUUCUCCUGCGUUGUGACGAAGAACCAAUCACUAGACAGUGGCUCUGUGACUUUCCUCUAAAUGAUGCGGUACUUACUAUCUGUGAAAUUGAUCCUAAGGAAUGUUAAAUGACCAAGCUGACUUUGUCCCCUCGAUUCUGGAUGUUAGAAUCAUAGUCAACAUUGUGAGCUUGGAGCAGCACUUAUGAAGAUUGACUCUUGUCCCUAAAGUGCCCUCUUCCGCUGAGGCAUGUAUUGGCUGAUGCACUGGUUGAACAUCUCCUGUCUUAGGUGGCAAUAUUGAGAAGUGAAUAUCCUGUACUUCCUAUCUUAAGUGUCAAUAUUUGUGAAAUACCAGAGUUUUAAUGUUUGGCUUAAUAUGGCCCAAGUCUUGAGUUGAUCACUUAGAUCAGUUGCUCCUUUUCUGAUGCUAGACUGCAGAUAAAUGUUUGAAGAAACGUUGACUUCAGUAUUUGUCACUCCACCAUGCUCUGAAUGCUUAAUUCAAGCAUUCUUCAUGAAUUAAGAUCUUUCCGAUCCUUAGCACCACAUUCCCAUGGUUGAUCUCAGAAGGAGAACAAUCAGGUUGGGGCCAUUAUAAUCUGUUGUAAAUUGCACAAACUACCCAAUGGCAAUAGGAUCUAUUCACAAUCAAAGGCUGGCAAGAGACAGCCACUCGCUUUUCAAUCCAAGAAAGGAGCUGCUUGUUUAAAUCUUUCAUUGGCCCAUUCCACCCAUAGCCAGAGUAUUGCAUUCCAUGUGAAGGGCAUAAAAAUAGGAACAGAUCAAUGGAGCCAUUUAUAGAGAGGUGGCAGAAGAUGGCAGUUCAAUAGUAGGUGUGGUGCGUAUAUCCCCCCUCCCCCAUCUGAAUUCAGCACUGGUGUUUCUAUAAUUGCAUAGGCAGUCCUGUAAUGUGAAGCAGCUUUUUCACAUCGUUGCUAGCUUGAAUUUGUCCUGUGGCCUUCAUAUUCUUUUAAGUUAAUGUUCUGUAUGGCACAAGAAAGCUAAACUUAAGGUCUGUUUGAGAAUUACUUUGAUUUUAGUUUCCCCUUUCAUUUAGUCGGCUUAAAAAUAUUAUCACCCUUGGUGAGAAGCCAAGUUGCCUUUAGCCUUCGUCAAAUGGUAGGACAUUCAACCUGGGUCCCCUGUCCACCUGAAAGAAUCUUUCUGCACUUCUUUUCCUUAACAUUUCUGUAUAAAAUGCUUCCUGCUGAUAGAAAUGUCUCCACCCCAUUCCCAAAAAUUGUUGGGCAAUUUCUUACCAGCUCUUUGGAACUCAAAGUUCAAGUAUUUAGAAUUACAGAGAAGCAGUUAAACUCUUCCAUCAUCCAGCAGUUUGGUGUGCAAUCUCAUUCUGGCUCUGAAUAGAUUAAGUCAGGAAAAUCACCUUAGUGCUUGGUGUCCUUUAAAUGACAUAAAUAGGGGAAGUCCAUCGGUAUCUUUGGAAACCCAGCUGCCAGCUUUUGUAUGUGGUUAAUGUGUAACCUUACAUAUGAUAAAAAGUCAGAUGAUAAGUAAUGGGACAUUUCUAGGCCAUAAAAUGGCCUUUCUUACCUUGGAAUUAGCACAUGACAGUCAAUCCUAACAUAAAAUGUAAUUUUCUGGAGUGCAAUAGAAACUUUGGAUCAAAGUUGUGUCACGGGUGAAUGACCUCUGUCGUUGUGCAUGACGUGAAAAGUUUUGUCAUUUUCUUAGUUAUGAAGGAGUUGUUGGAACCUAAUAAAUUUUGUGGCAUUUUGAUUUUAGGCAUGAGGUUCAAGUUUAAAUAGGUAAAAGCUUGCUUCAUAUUCUUUGUAUUCAGGUUGUAAUUGUUUUUUUAAUCAGUUCAGUCGAGUUUCAUUGCUGGAUUGUUCUCUUCCAAAUGUCAAAAUCAGCUCUCUUCCCUGUUUGAAACCAGAAGUAUGUGUGUUUUUUUGGGAUUGGCCAGCUUUAAAAACAAAAUACCCUAUAUGUUCAGAUUUAUUUUUUAAUCUUUGUAAUCUUAGUGAACAAAUAAUAAAUGGCUACACCACCAUUC